AUGAAAAUGUGUUUAUGAGAAUUAAAGUGAAAUGCUUGUCACAUUAUAAACGUUUUGCGAGAGCUGUAUUGUUUGUACAUUACGUGAGAUAUAUAUAAUUAACUAGAUUAGCUAUUGUAAAAAAUUUUACAUUAAAAUAAAAUAACAAUCAUAUUCGUUUAUGUCAUACAUCUCAUCAUUUAUACCUAUCCAUUCAAAAAGAUAAAUUUAUUAUUGGAUGAUUUGUUACACCUCAAAAUUAUAGGUUAUUUUAUUUGAUAGUAUUGUUAGUUUAUAAAUAUCUUAUUGCAAUGGAUGAUCAAGCUUGUCCAAGAUGCAAAACUACAAAAUAUCGAAAUCCAUCAUUAAAGAUGAUGGUAAAUGUUUGUGGGCAUACCCUAUGUGAGAACUGUGUAGACCUAUUAUUUUUAAAAGGUUCUGGAUCCUGCCCAGAAUGUCACAUUCCACUGCGUAGAACUAAUUUUCGAGUUCAAAUGUUUGAAGAUCCUAUGGUAGAGAAAGAAGUAAAUAUCAGAAAAAAAAUACUUAGGGAUUUUAACAAAAAGGAAGAAGAUUUUGCUACAUUGCGCGAAUACAAUGAUUAUUUGGAAGAAGUUGAAAAUAUAAUAUAUAAUUUAGCCAAUGAUAUUGAUGUACUUGAAACAAAUAAGAAAAUAGAUCAGUAUAAAAAAGAUAACAAGGAUCAAAUAAAUAAGAGCAAAUCUAAACUUGGUAGAAAAGAAUAUGAAUUAGAAGAAUUGUUAGAAUUAGAAAAACAGCAGGAAGAAGAAAGACGGCUAGAGCUUGCUAGAGAAGAAAUGGAAGCAAAGAAAAAAAAGAUCAGAGAUAAAGAGGCUUUAAUAGAUGAACUUACAUUCUCUGAAGGCAAUGCAAAAAAUAUUGUUGAUACGUUUGCAUCAGCAAUACAGAAUUCCAAGAAAGAAGCAAAGACUGCCUCUCCAAAAGCUACUCAAUUUAGUACAGGAAUAAAGUUUGGAAAACAAGGAACACAAAACUACUUACAAAUUCCAAAAGUAGAAGAAGGACCAAUGUUUACAUAUAUUCCUCUUAGACAACAAACAGAAGGACCAGUUGUUCCUACUUGGCGUGAAAUUCAAACUCGAGGAUACAUAUCACAUGUUCGUGCCGAGACAAAAGCAGAAAGAGCAGGAGGAUUUAAAGCACAUGUUGCAUGUUUAAGAGCAUUACAAGAAGCUAUGGCUAGUUUAUACCACAAUCCUUCACAACAUACAACAGAAUUUACAACAGUUUGAUUCUAAAUAUUAUUGUAACAUUUUGUGAUAUUUUCUUUUCACGUGAUACAUACAAAACCAUAAUCCGAAGUCUAUGAUUGGCUCUCAACUGUAGAAGACUAUUAAAGAUAAACGUACAAAUACAUUUAAACUACGUGCCAAAAGCUGUAAGUGCCUCUGUUCCAUAGGUAUUGCCUUUAUACUAACUGCUAUAGUUAACAAAUGGUAUUAAUAAUUUUACAAAAAACAUAAAGUGUUUGCUAUCUCAUUAUUUUCUUUUCGAUAUAUGUAAAUGUUGUCUUAGUAAGUUAAUGUAGCUUAUAGAUAGUUAUACAGUUAUAAGUAUUUAAACAAAAAAUUAAUCUAUAUGUAUAUUGCGUUCAUUGAAUUUUUAAUUUAGGAGAAAAAAUAGUCCAAUAAAUUAUUGGAAUUUAGAAAUUAAUCUAUCAAAAAGAAGAAAUAAUAUAUUUUAUUAUCAUAAAAUUAUUAUAUCAUUGAAUUAUCUCUCUGAAAAAGGAUGGAAAUAUGUUAUCAGGGAUAUAUUUUAUGUGUAUAUAUGAGAUAUUCCAUUUAAAUCAAUCCCCUCGAAUACAGUAAUACAAAAAAUAUUAGAAAUAAAAAUUAAAUAGUUCCAUGAAGUACAUAAUGUGAUUCAUAUGGGACAUAUGAAGAUCAACUGUGUUCUUUAAAUUAAAUCAUAUGUUUUUGAUUGUAUUGGUCAAUGUAGUUCGUCAUUCUCUAUAAAAAAGUAUUAACCUAUGUAUAUCGAAAAAGUCAUCAGUUCAGAAAAUAUUUUAAUUAUAAUAUUACUCUCUGUAAGAAACUAUCACUCUCCUAUUACAACUAAGGUAAUACUACUUUUAUUACAUUUUAGUAAAUACCAUUUAUAUAUGAUAAAUAUACUUUGAAAAAUUAAAAUAUUUAUGUAUGAAACAUGCAACAAAUUACUUUUGUUCUAAAUGUGAUUAAAACAGUGGUGUGUAAAUAGUUUAGCUUAAAUACUUACAUUUAAUAUUAUAUACAUUUAAUGUAGAAAAAUUAUAAUGUAAGUGAAGAAUCGUAGUAUAAUUCAUGAACAUUUAAUUAUUACAUAAUAAUAAUAUAUAAUAAUCGAAACCAUGUAACUAUUUAAACAAUAAUGUAUCUCUAAACUUUAUGUGGCUACUAUACCACGUGAAUAUAAAAUAAUUUUAAUAUCAAAUUUUAUCUGCAGAAUUGAAACUCGUAGAAAUAGAAUAAAAAAUAUAACAAAAAAGGUACCGGUCUUUGAACAACUUCAAUAAUUGACAAAUUAUUUUAAUAUUCGAUUUCAACGAAUCUACGUUGUAUUAAUAACGUAUAUAAAUAGAAUAAAAGUAAUCUUUUGAAUGGUUAAGAGAAAA